UAAAGAGUAAACUAGGUUUUAAUAUCACGACAAUUCUAGGAUGUCGAGGAUAUUUGUACUAGCACCUCUUUUUGCUGCCAAUCCACAGCUUUACCAAAAUGUCCGAAUAUUAGAAAGAGGCGUUUUGAAAUUUUAUAAUAUCUUCAGUCAAGAAAUGUUUAGAUAUCUUAUCUAAUUGAAAUAAAUUCCUUUUUUGUUUUUAUGACUCAUUAUUCAGACCACUGCCGCAAAUUCAAGUCCAAUAAGGUUCUUUAAACACUAGGUUUAUCGGCUUUCUUUGAUUGGAACAAUAGUAAAACAGUUCGAGCUAAACUCGCUUGCCGGUGCGAGAUGUGAUACUGUAGUACAUUUCACACCUUUCCUCUUUUUCGGCUUGUAAAAUAGAUGAAUUAAAAUACGAUAGAAAACAUUCAUCACUUAUUCAAAACUGGCUGCAACCACCAGUUUGACAUUAAAUAAUCUUUAAACCAUCUUUAAGAACUCUUUAUUAACGUUACAGUUACGAAUACACGGUCUUAUUAGAAAAACAUAAAAGAGUUUGCCGAUACGGUGAAGUUUGCUGUCCGUUCGUUUGCUGUUUGGCAGUAUUCCUUCACAAUGUUAUAUGGAAUACGGGCAUGCUUGAUGUAAAGCGACAGUGUCUUAAAUGACGGAUUCCACCAUGUAUAUGUCUCUUGAACUAGUAAUAUUCAAUGACCACUUGGAGGGGAUUUGUUGUAUCCUAUGUCUUUUUACCGGAGUAAAUUACAUAAGCCGAGGAAAAACACAAGGCAAGUCUUGCUUAGAAGCCGAACUAUGCCACUCUUUAUUGAAGAAAUUCAUUACUGCGACCAUGAAAUGAAAAACUAACACACACACAGAAACCAAUAAAAAACAUCGAGUACCACAAGUAGCCCUUUCCUUAGUUCCCAAACCAUCUGGCAGUUUGCUCAACCUGAACGAAAUGAAGUUUUCUAGGCAGCCUAGCUGUGGCGUUGGUUGCCAAUGAUGGGUUUGGAUAGUGGUAAUUUGCAGUGCACGGUGUCAGUGAUAGCGGAUUAGUUCCCGCAACUCAUAAAGUCACAGUAGUCAAUGUACUUUAGAACUUAGCGGGUCCGUGUUGUCGGUAGCAUCAAUAGAAAACAAGUCCAACACAUUGUUAAAAGCGAACAAUAGCUCUCCAAACAGAGUGAUAUGGUUGCGGUAGUCGAGAUAUGAAAGGUGCAUGGCAGUUAAGGGAGAAAGCUUCAAUACUCUGUUCCCACGACCCCAACGUAAAUUUAGUCUUCAUGUCUGUGCAGUAUUUUUGAGUUAUGUAAACUGCCCUGACAAGAAAGUCAACACGAUUUUGCAAUACGUACAGUGAGUUCUGUGCCUGAUGUCAUAGCUAAAUUAGACAAACUACCCGCUUUUCAUAGGUACAUAUUUCAAAACGUUCUUUUACAAAAGCGGCGGAAGAGAAAGUUUGAAGAAGACUUCACAAAGUCAAGCAACGAUCCCAAAAUAGCUUUUAAUCACAACUACCUCCACCACCGAACUUAGCGCUUGUGUCAAAAUGUUGCCGAAACACUUUUCAAAAGUUUGUGCUUUAUAUUGAAGCGUAUUCAGGUACGGCUGUUUGAGACAAAUUAAAGUUGUACAGAGAAUCGAGUCAUUUUGCUUGGCCCAAUAAGCAAACAAAAGACACAAUAAGUUCAGUAUCAUAGAAGAUACCUAUAAAAAUAUCAAUCAAAUCCCUCGCCGAUAUUUGUUUGUUGACUUUGUGACAGUACAACCCUCGCUAUUCUGUAUAGAAAUUAACUUGUCUCGCGAGACAAAGAACACACUGCCAAUAAACGGCCGCCUAACACAGCGCACAGUUUGUUUAAAGGGGUUUAAUUACUUCUAGUGCAAGGGUUUAUGGACUAUAUCAGAGCAUACUGUAGCCUCAAAGCCAGUAAUUAGCACGUGUACUGAGAUUAUUUAGAUGCCGAGUUAACCGACUCGACACAGACCGUUCAUUCGUAGUGAGGUCACUGUUAGACAGCAGUACGCCAAGCCAUCGCUAAUAAAAGACCACCGUGUUGGCGCAGCCAAUCAUUUACAUCAACGGAGCCAUGAGUGCGGAGCCCAGCGCGGCGGCGGACGAUCUCAAGUCCUCGUCCGAGAAAAUCAAGCGACCGCUCAAUGCAUUUAUUCUGUGGUCGAAAAAACGGCGCCGUGUGAUCGCUAAUGAGAAUCCUCAGAUGCAUAACUUCGAUAUCAGCAGAAAAUUGGGACUGGAAUGGCAGAAGUUGACGGAGGAAGAAAAAGCGUACUAUUUUGAAGAGGCGAAAAAACUCAAGGAAGAACAUAAAGAGCGAUACCCUCAUUACAAGUACCAGCCUCGCAAGAGGGACAAAACCAACAAGAGAGGCAAGAUGUUUCAUGGGUCACCGUUCCACUUUGGUUUCUUCCCGCCCUCGGCACCGUUUUACGAGGGUCGAUUCCCCACAUAUGCACUUCCCAGUGAAUCACGGCUACCCUACCCUCACCUAGAGACGCCGGUACCCAUGGCGGAACCCCUGACAAGGGAGGAAGCGACCGCUACUUCUACCUCCAGCACUAGCCCUGCGCCCAGCAAACCCUCGAGCUCGCCCGGAAACGACAAACCGACCGUUUGCCCGGUAGCGGGGUUCCGGCCGCCAUCUGAAAGCUUCGUGUCGUACCGGUCUUUUGAGCCGCCGUACAUGCAUCUGAGACCUAACAUGGAGUUCUCUCAUUGGCAUAGCGGGUCACCGCCUGCGCGUUUCGGCACAGUGCCACAUUAUGGGUGCUUAUAUCCUUGGUAUUCUCGACCCGAUUAUCACGCUUAGCGUGACCAAGACGUACUCGUAUUAUGGGUGUUUAUGCCACUCUGGUAUUCUCUACCCGUUUAGUACCACGUUUAGUACCACCAAUACGUACUCUUCCUCUGGUACACUACAAUUCGUCGUGCUCAAAGACUGUAGUGUAGACUAUAGUGGAAGCUUGACACAUCAAUUGGGUCAUCACGGUCUGAUUAGAUUGGUCAAUCGGCCAUGUAUACUUGCUAAGCGCAUCAAAGAAACUGAGAAUGGGCCAAGUUAAGUUGACGCAAGUUCUUGACGCGAGGGACUACAUGGGAGAGAGCGCACUGAAAGUACGACAAAGUCUAUUUUGGACUGAUAAAGACAAUAGGAAACAAGGAGCGCGGUUGCAUUCGUUAAAGAUAUCCCAAUUAACUGGUAACUGAUACGAUCAUUACCUCCUUAAUGACCUGUAGUCUCGUGUGCGAAAGCAAAACGGGUCAUCAACUGGAUUUGAUUGGCGCACUUAAAAAAUGUCUUAAGGGAAGUUUUGCUCUAAGUUAAAAAGGAUUUUGCUUUGUGCCUUGUUUUUUAUAAGAAUUCCUUCUGAAUCUUUUCUUGAAACGAGAUUCGUGAUAAGUACAUUGCUGUUUCACGUUUGUACAUACUCUAAUCAAACUCUAAUAACAUUGGUGUUGUGGCGGGUCGGCUUGGCGGUGGGUGUGAAAAAUUUGAACUUAUUCAUCCAAACAUAGCUGUGAUCUUUACUUAGAGAAAGACAAAUCUUUAUGGAGCUUUUUUGUGUCUUUAACACGUGGCGUUAUAGUUUAGUGUCUGCGCAAGGCUAAAACAAACAAUCUUUACAACUUCAAGACGAAUUAAGAGCUAAAAAGCAGUCAAAAACCCUAUUUGGGCGCAAAAGCGUUAGCACAACACUCCGUUAAUCUUAAUAGUCUCUUUAUAUCACCAUUACAAAGCCAAAAGUUAUCUGUUCAAACUCUAAUUUACAAAGAGCCCUCGAUAAACUCCAACAUUGGUUAAUCAGCUUUUAAAGAAAGGUUUAGGUAAUCUUCAACUAAGCUUAGUGCGGGAGGUUGUCAAUUAAUUCUGUCGGUUUUUCUUGUUUUCGCAGGCCGUGCAUCUGACCAGUUUCUAAUAAUACCCUUACAAACUGUAAAACCAUGUGUUUGUGAUUGUAGCCUAUCAGCUUAUGUUUCUUUAGUUCAGUUUGGGUAGCUUUAUAGGAAAAUCGAUUAGUAUGUUUUUUAUGAUUUAGUGAAGGUCAAAUCAUUCAAAACAUUGGAUAUGAACGUAUUUUUGCACUAAGAAUCCUAUUUUUUUUCUACCUAUGUUAUUAUCGUAUGAUAAAUAAGUUUUCCUUUCAAGAGUUUUUUUUUUCGGGCAACUCGCAAUAGAAACCCAUAAAGACUUAUGUUAAGUAAAAUUUAGUUUUGAAAUAUAUCAAGAAACCGACCUGUAUAUAGUUGAAUUGUAAAAAAAAAUCAUAUAAUGAUUCGUUUGUAGUUAGAUAAGCUAAAAAGCUAAUUUGUAAAUGGAUUUUUCUAGAAUAAAUUCAAACGGUAGUGUA